AUGGACCAGCGCAGGAUGGCCGAGGUGCAGGAGGAUCAGUUUGUGUUUGGCGCGGACGGCUCGUUCAACGACGGCGGCUUCGUCAUUUCUAGCAACGGUGUCGUCGAGGCACCGGAGCGGCUUAUGCGGAAGACGUCGGACGGCGCUAUGGUGGAGGGCGUGCCCACGUCGAGUAACAAUGUCAUUCUUGUGAAGUCGCUCGACGAGUUUCGCAAGAGCUAUACCUUUCGCUCGUCCACUGAAGGCAGUUCCACGCUGGGGCGAGGCUCGGCCGGCCGCGUUUAUCUCGCGCAUCAUUCCCGCACGGGUCGCAAAAUCGCCGUCAAGGAGAUCAACGUGUACGACGAGGAAAAACGGAAACAGCUACGAAAGGAGCUGCAAACCCUCAUCAGCCAUCAGAGCCGCUUCCUGGUGCGCUCGUUUGGCGCCUUUUAUGACGGCGCUGGCGUCGUGCAUGUGGCUCUAGAAUUUAUGGAUCGCGGCUCUCUGGCAGAUAUCGUGUUGCAACGCGGCCGCAUUCCGGAGCCCGUCGUCUGUAAGCUGAUGGAACACUGCUUACGAGGUCUUGCGUUUUUGCAUGAAAACCAUAUCCUGCAUCGCGAUGUGAAGACGGCCAACAUCUUAUUGUCCAGGAAGCUGUGCAGGGCCAAGCUGAGUGACUUUGGGCUCGCGCGCGAUUUAGAGGCGGACAAUACCUCCAAGACAGACUCUUUCGUGGGCACAGUGGCCUAUAUGUCUCCGGAACGGUUGCAUGGCAGACGGUACACGUACGCGAGCGAUAUUUGGUCGCUGGGCAUUACGGUCAUGGAAUGUGUGAUGGGCAAGUUUCCGUUUGACACGCCAAAGAGUUAUUUCGAUAUCGUGGAUGCGGCGCAAUCUGAUCCUGCAGUGCUGGUGCAAAACGAGGAGAUCUCAAACGAUUGCGUGGAUUUCAUUCGGCUUUGUUUGCACGCCGACAUGCAGGAAAGACCACGGGCAAGGGACUUGCUGCAACACGAAUGGAUCAGAUCGCGAAAGGAUGACGCCAAUGUGUUGAGAGAAUGGCUGGAUACGAUUCCGAGGCUGCACUGUGAGGAUGUGAAAGUUGGAUCGGAAUUGGCUUUCAAUGCUAUGGAAAAGCAACGGGCGAGACUGAGAGCAAAGGCAGACUUUCUGUGA